CAUGGCUAGCAGACGGGGGCUUGGCUCCCGGCGUAAUCUGACCCCAGCACUCGGCUCUUUAAAGGAAUAAAGGAUGAAUUUACUGAAUGGAGAUCCGCUGCAACGUCUGCUGAGUUCAGAGCAGGACCGAAAGCGCUAAAAGACGGCGCCACGGAGAAUGAAAGUUUCGGAGGAGCAACUUUUGAGAGCGUUUACGAACUUUGGAGCGCAGCGAUGUGAUGUGAUCUACCGGCUCUGAAAACAUUAAAGUAAAAACUCGGGCGGUCAAGAGAAGGACAGUCAAGGUUGGCAGACUGGCACACGGGCACAGAUGGCAGAGGUGAUGGAGGGUGUAGCCACGGCAGCAGUGCCCAACACCAGUGUGGACUGGCAGAAGAGAUGCAUCGCUCUGGAGACGCAGCUUAUGAGGUUUCGUCUGCAAGCGGGAAAUAUCCGCCACCUACUUGCUGAGAGGAUGCAGGAGUUGGAACAGAGAGUGAUAGAGGCUGACCAGCGGGCAGAGAACGCUGAAAAACAGGUCCAUAUAAUGGAGGAGAAACUGAAGUCUGCAAACAUGCAGCCCAGCGAAUCAGAAAACUCACUGUACAGGCGCUAUCAAGAGCUGAGCAGUCAAAUACAGGAGAAAGAUAUGAUCAUAAAGAGACUCGAAGGACAGCUGGAGAAGCAGAGCUUGGUUCGAGCCCAAGAGGCCAAGAUUAUUGAAGAGAAGGCUGCAAAAAUCAAAGACUGGGUCACUUUUAAGUUGCGAGAGAUGGAAACCGAGAACCAGCAGUUGAAGAAGGCAAACCUGAAGCAGGCUGAGCAGAUCCUCAUACUGCAAGACAAGCUUCAGACUCUUCUCGAGAGGCCCAUGUCUCCAGCAGUGGAUGCCCACCUGGUCCCCUCCAGCCCACUCCACCCUCCGAGCUGCCCCGGGACACCCCCCGUCCAGGAGGAGGGCUGGAGAUUGACAGGAUCUCGCAUAGCCAAUUCUACAGAUAGCAAAAGGAAAAUCACGGAGGGUUGCGAUUCCGCUUUUCAUAGUGCAUCCUUACUUCCCACAUUACAAGACAAAGGAGAUUCUUAUAAGUCUAGUCAAGAUGGUGUUGACAUCACAACCUCAGUAAAGGAGACUGGAGAGGGGGCGGAGCCUUCUUUUGGAGCGCCACGUGAGAGAGGAGUGGGAGGAGCCUCAGACAUAGAUCACUCUUCUGAUGAGCUCAACAGCAAAUUUCGUUCCCAGCGCCUUCGCUCUUCUUCCUCAUCUUCUUCCUCAUCCUCCUCAGCAUAUGAGACUUCUGGUCCGGGUGGCUUCGACACGCCUACCCCUACUCCUAAAAGCCCUCCUCCUGUGCCCCUCUCACCCCCAUUAAUACGCCUCCCACUGUCAUGCCCCUUCCAUCUGGCUUUACCCUUGGGCACCAGCAUGACCCUGCCCAAAGUUCGCACUCCUCUAACCCCCCGUGACAGCAUCCAGCUUGUGAAGAAACACCACAGUCAGCCGCAACCCGGCAUAGAGCGCCUCCAUCAGGUCAACGUCAACAUUGAUAUCGGAAACUGCACCUCUCCAUCCUGUGGUUCGGUUCCCACACAUGGGCUAGAGGAGACGGACAUUGAUGAAGGGCCUCCAGAAAGCAUGGAGGGUGUGGUGGAGGGGUCAGAGAUGGAAGCUCAGCCUGCUGAUGGAGGGUUAUUGGAUAAGUUGGCCAAAGAGUUUGAGAUGAUGGACCCAGAAGCUCUUAAACCGCCUACACCACCUCUGCACCGAUUUCCAUCUUGGGAGAGCCGGAUCUAUGCAGUAGCUAAAUCAGGAAUGAGAGUCUCAGAGGCCUGUCUUGGAGCUAAGACUUUUGGGAGAGUAUCCACCCAGCCUCAGCACUCAACAACUGGCCCCUUCACCCACCUCAUUUAUAAGAACAUCAGUGUGCCUGUGUACUCCACACUUAAAGGGAAAGCGACUCAGAUCAGCAAUGUCCCUCUCCCCGAUGAUGACUCCGGUUCAGAAGACGACAGCAGCUCAUUGGCCAGCUUGCACACAUCCAUACUGGGGCCAGAUAAAAAGGGCAGCACCCCUGGCAGCCCUCGAGCUGUCAAAAGAGGUGUUUCUAUGUCCUCCAUCAGUUCAGAGAGUGACUAUGCCAUUCCUCCGGAUGCGUACUCGUUGGACAGUGACUGCUCAGAGCCCGAGCACAAGGUGCAGCGCACCUCCUCCUACUCCUGUGAAAGUGUUGGACAGGAGACUCUAGAAAAGACAGGUUACUUGCUGAAAAUGGGUGGUCAGGUAAAGGCGUGGAAGAGGCGCUGGUUCAUUCUGAGGAACGGGGAGAUCUUGUACUACAAGUCGCCGAGUGAUGUGAUCCGGAAACCUCAGGGCCAAAUGGAGCUGAACUCCUCGUGUCAUAUAGCCCGCGGAGAGGGAGCUCAGACAUUCCAGUUAAUUACAGAGAAGAAGACCUUUUACUUGGCUGCAGACUCCCCAAAUAUCCUGGAGGACUGGAUCAGAGUUCUCCAGAAUGUUCUCAAGGUCCAGGCCAGUGGACCAGUUUCCAUGGAUAAAGAAGUCAAGGCCACUGUGAGAGGCUGGCUAACAAAGGUGAAGCAUGGUCAUUCAAAGCUUGUGUGGUGUGCUUUGAUUGGGAAAGUCUUCUACUACUACCGUAACCAGGAUGACAAGUUCCCUCUAGGUCAGCUGCAUGUUCGGGAAGCACGGGUGGAAGAAGUAGACAGAUCGUGUGACUCUGACGAGGAUUAUGAAGCAGGUGGACGGGGCUUCCUCUCCUCUCACUUUACGUUAGUGGUCCAUCCCAAAGAGCAAAGCCCCACCUACCUGCUUGUCGGCACUAAACAAGAAAAGGACACCUGGCUGUAUCACCUGACUGUUGCGGCGGGCAGUUGUGCCAGCCUGAGGGUGGGCACAGAGUACGAACAGCUGAUCGGCAAGCUGUUGGAUGUCGAUGGAGAUCCAGACUCUGCUCUGUGGAAACGUGAAGUGCUGUGCUUCAGUAAGGAGGGUCUGCGGUACCCCCUCACCACGCUGCCCUCCGAGGCACUUCAAACAGAGGCUCUCAAGCUCUUUAAGUCAUGCCAGCUGUUCAUCAAUGUGCUGGUGGAAUCACCCUCAAUUGACUACCACACCUCGCUGGCCCAGAAUGCACUGCAGGUGUGCCUAACACAUCCAGAGCUGCAGAAUGAAAUGUACUGUCAGCUGAUCAAACAGACCAAUUGCCGCACUCCUCACAACUAUGCCCUUACGCAGUGCUGGCAGCUGUUGUCACUGUGUGUAGCUCUCUUCCUGCCUCAGCACCAUUUCCUGUGGUACCUGAGACAGUACCUGCAGCAGAACGCAGAUCCCAGGACUGAAGUGGGGAAGUAUGCUGUGUACUGCCAGCGCUCAGUCGAGAGAACUUUACAGAAUGGAGAGAGAGAAGCAAAGCCUUCGCGGAUGGAAAUUCUAUCUAUUCUGUUGAGAAACCCCUAUCAUCACUCUCUACCCUUCAGCAUACCUGUACACUUCAUGAACAACACUUAUGAGGUUGUAGGUUUUGAUGGUUCCACCACAGUGGAGGAGUUCCUGAACACGGUGAACCAGAGGGCAGGCAUGAGGAAGCCACAGAUUUCAGGCUUUGCGCUCUUCACUGACGACCCCUCUGGCAAAGACCUGGAGCACUGCCUGCAGCCCAGCAAUAAAAUCUGUGAUGUGAUCUCCAAGUGGGAACAGGCACUGAAAGAACUUCAUCCUGGAAAAUAUGAAGGAACACGGAUUGUCCGUCUCACUUAUAAAAGCAGGCUGUGUUUCCGAGCUCAGGCUAAGGGGGAAACUGAGCGAGAGCGCCUUCUGCUGGCAUAUCAAGUAAAUGAUGAGGUACAACAAGGGCACUUCCCUGUCAGUAAAGAACUGGCCCUGGAAGUGGCUGCGCUGAUGGCACAGGUUGAGCAUGGUGACCUAGACCGGCCUGCAAUGUCUCCUGUUGGUUCUCCUCAGCCGAAGACCCAACAGGUCCUUCUGCAGGUACUGGAGCGGUUUUACCCUAAACGCUACAAACAAGAAUGCAGCAUGGAACAGCUCAGGGACCUCGGUGAGCGUUUGGCCACUAAGUGGUCUGUCCUGCAUGGGUGCACAGCCUCCGAAUGUGUGAGAAUCUACCUGACCGUGGCUCGCAAGUGGCCUCUGUUUGGGGCCAAGCUGUUCAGUGCCAAGCCACUGCCUCCCUCUUCAUUGGAUCAGACUCAGGUGUGGCUGGCUGUUAAUGAGGAUGGGCUGAGUGUCCUGGACUACACAAUGCACCCAUUGGCCACAUAUCCAUAUCAGUCAGUGAUCACCUUUGGGGGCUGCAAGGAAGAUUUCAUGCUAGUGAUCAGCCAGAUUAAAGACCAGGCUUUGGGCAAGAAGACUGUGGAUAAACUUUUAUUUGCAAUGGCUAAACCAAAGAUCCUGGAACUGACGCUCCUCGUGGUUAGUUAUAUUAACUACUGGACCUCCAGCUUACCAGGGGCCGGCAACCAGACUCAAGGCUCAGUGCUGGGGUCUCCGGGAGACAGGAAGCUCUGGGACAUAGACAGCCGACACUUCCCCUCAAUGACAUACACAACCAAAGGCCCCACUCUCCUUUAAAACCUCAGUCUCCAGGUGUCUGGACACAUCGACAACCACACAAAUAAAAAUGCAUUUUGGGAAACACUGAGAUGAUUUAGUUUGGGAUACAAUUCAGACUUUUUGUGUUUGAAGGUUCAAACAAUAAACUGGAAGAAAAAAGUUAUUUAUUGUGCGAAACAGUCAACUAUUUGCACACUGUUCAUAGUCCAAAUACAAAAAAUAAACACAUCAAGAAGUGGGUUUAUAAAUGGAGACUCGUAGUGACCCGCCCUGAGAAGAUCACCCACCGAGUCAGAGUAGAUCCAAGAGUAUUUUAUUCUUGAGUGCAAAAAGUUUGGCGCUUAUUUUUAAGGAAUUAGAAGUUUUAAACUGGACGUCCAGUUAAAGACACGGUUUGACUUUUUCAUUUGUGCGUAACAUGAUUUUGUUUCAUCUCUGUCUUUUGUUUGAAUUUUUCAUUGUUUAGUUAGUUUUAUGUUUAUAUUUGUUGUAUUAGGAUAUUUCCACUGUUUAAUUAAUGGUACCAUCAGUCAUUUAAAGUUUAUACCGUGAAUACUUCAUCAGGAUGCUUAGAAACAUUACAUCAUCUCUAGUACAUUAGCACAUAUGAUGCAAACUAGUUAACCAGUAUAUAAAGGACAGUACGGAGCCCAGCACAUGACAUGCAGGAAAAAAAUGGUGAGCACGAUUUAGCAAACCGAGGGAAUGAAAUAGUAAAUCGUCCGCACGAUUUAGCAAACCGAGGGAAUGAAAUAGUAAAUCGUCCGUACGAUUUAGCAAAUUGAGGGAACGAAAUAGUAAAUUGUGCGCACGAUUUAGUAAACCAAGGGAAUGAAAUAGUAAAUCGUCCGCACGAUUUAGCAAAUUGAGGGAACGAAAUAGUAAAUCGUCCGCACGAUUUAGCAAACCGAGGGAAUGAAAUAGUAAAUCGUCCGUACGAUUUAGCAAAUUGAGGGAACGAAAUAGUAAAUUGUGCGCACGAUUUAGUAAACCAAGGGAAUGAAAUAGUAAAUCGUCCGCACGAUUUAGCAAAUCGAGGGAACGAAAUAGUAAAUCGUGCGCACGAUUUAGCAAACCGAGGGAAUGAAAUAGUAAAUCGUGCGCACGAUUUAGCAGAUCAAGGGAACGAAUUAGUAAAUUGUGUGCACGAUUUAGCAAACCGAGGGAAUGAAAUAAUAAAUCGUGAGCACGAUUUAGCAAACCGAGGGAAUGAAAUAGUAAAUCGUGCGCACAAUUUAGCAAAUAGAGGGAACGAAAUAGUAAAUUGUGCGCACGAUUUAGUAAACCGAGGGAAUGAAAUAGUAAAUCGUCCGCACGAUUUAGCAAACCGAGGGAAUGAAAUAGUAAAUCGUGCGCACGAUUUAGCAAACCGAGGGAAUGAAAUAGUAAAUCGUGCGCACGAUUUAGCAGAUCAAGGGAACGAAUUAGUAAAUUGUGUGCACGAUUUAGCAAACCGAGGGAAUGAAAUAGUAAAUCGUCCGCACGAUUUAGCAGAUCAAGGGAACGAAUUAGUAAAUUGUGUGCACGAUUUAGCAAACCGAGGGAAUGAAAUAGUAAAUCGUGCGCACGAUUUAGCAGAUCAAGGGAACGAAUUAGUAAAUUGUGUGCACGAUUUAGCAAACCGAGGGAAUGAAAUAAUAAAUCGUGAGCACGAUUUAGCAAACCGAGGGAAUGAAAUAGUAAAUCGUCCGCACGAUUUAGCAAACCGAGGGAAUGAAAUAGUAAAUCGUCCGCAUGAUUUAGCAAAUCAAGGGAACAAAAUAGUAAAACGUGCGCAUAUUUUAGCAAAUCGAGGGAAUGAAAUAGUAAAUCGUGCGCACGAUUUAGCAAAUCAAGGGAACGAAUUAGUAAAGUGUGCGCACGAUUUAGCAAACUAAGGGGAAUUAAAUAAUAAAUCGUGCAUACAAUUUAGCAAAUCGAGGGAACGAAAUAGUAAAUCGUGCGCACAAUUUACUUUUUUUUUUCUUGCACGUCAUGUGCGGGGCUCUGUACCGUAGGACAGUCUUACAUGGUACAAAAUUUUUAUAUGGUACAAAAUAUGGUACUGUUAGUGUGUCUAGUGGUAGUGUAACACGGUUUAUAAGUUCUUCUCAUCUGUCCAAACAGGAAAUGACAUGAAAAUGCCAUCGGCACCUUGUGAAGUUACAGCGUUUAGGUUAAAAGUGUUAGUUUAUUCUCUCAUAUUAAGUGCCAUUUUUUGUAGUACUACCAAACAUAAUGCUUAAUCUGAGCCAAUCUGUUUUCAUUUUAACAAAUAGUGACAAGUUUUAUAGUUGCAAAAAGGCACACACAUAUUUCAUAUUUGCUUAUACUUGCCAUAGCCUUGCCUUUUGUAUAAAGAAAAAACACACCACACACAUUUCGCAACAUGACGUUAAUAUGUGCAGGAUCAUAUAUUUUCGUGAAGUUUGUAGCUUAAGAAUGGUCAUAAUGAUAUCCAGUGCUGGGUAUAUUACUUACAAAUUGUAGUUCAUAACUGAUUACAAAUUACAUGACAAAAAUAGUUAGUAUCGUAAUCCAUUACAUUACAUAUUUUAGGUUAUAUAAAUACUACUUUUUGAUUACUUUUGACCUAACUCGUUUAUUUUAAUAGGAUGACAUUGUACCAUAUUGAUAUAAUACAAAGAGAAAGAAAACAUAUUCCACUCUUUAUCAACAACAUGAAAUGCAUUAAAUAUUACAUUACGAACUGGGGUUUGUGAAGUAACUGCAGGCGUUUUGUGAAAAGCUAAUAAUUAAAUCAUAAAAUGUAAAAUUAAAAUAAUACAAAUGUGUUUGAACAACAAAUGCCUUACUGCCAUUGUGUGAAUAAUAUGUAACCAUGUAAUCAAUAAAAGUAACUAGUCUGAUUACAAGUAUUUUAAAACAUAAUAGAAUCUGAUUACAAGUAAUCAGUUACUACCCAGCACUAAUGAUAUCAUUAUGACCUGAUUUUUUUUCUUUUUAUAUGCAGUUUUUAGAAAUAUUAGAAUUUAAAAAUAUUAGGUCUUAGCAUAUUUACCACACAGUGAAGAAUAUCGCAUAUUUUCAAUCAUAGAAAAUAUUUUAAUUUUUGUUUUUCCUCCCCAUAAAUAAUAACACUUGUAUUCGUGGUUACUUUUUAUCUACAAUGUACAAGAAACAAAUACAAAGAAUUAUCAAGAGUGUUUCAGAAACGGAUAAUUGACAGAGUAGGUAAAGACACACUGUACCCUUAAUAUGGCAAAUUCUGGAAUUUUUUUGAGGAUGUAGGGAUGAGUUUUGAAAAAGCUGUAAUAAUGACAUGAUAACUUGAAUUAUUCUAUGAAUCAAACCACUUUCUCUGUAUUUUGAAUAUUUAUUUUGUCAUUUAAAAUAAUACUAAUAAUAAACAGACAUGUUUGUGGUCUAAACAACUUCAUUUCUUUAGUCAGACUUUUGUGCUUCACGCAGCCAACUGGAAUUGAUGUCACUUUUGUCAUUGUUAAGAUCCGAGGCCAAAAAUGUGUCAGUACAGACAUUCAGAAGUGAUGCUGUGUGAGAGCUUCAUAGAGAAAUUGUUGCAAAUAAAAAGUUAAUUAUGCUGCUC